AUGGCGCGUGUCGUACUAGGUGUACUCGCCAUCCUGGUGGCUCAGGCCCUUGGAGAAGUGAUCCCGAAGAGCGUUGUACCACCAAAAGCUGUGGAUCAUGUCAUUCUGCAACGCCAGAUUGAACUAUCCAAUUUGUUCAACCGCAUCAGUGAUCCAAUCCAAAGCUCAGAAUUAAAGUCGAUUGUUGAAUCAUUUGACUGGGAGAAAAAUAUUGAACAUUACAGCAAUGUGACUGCUGUUAAAGAAUUCAUAUACUUGCUCGAACACGAUAUUCUCCAGCCACGUUGGUUUGCCUUCUCUCUGAGUGAGCCCGCAGUACGUCGUGAAGCUGAAAUUGCCUUCAAUUUGUUAUACAGUGCCAAGGAUUAUUCAUCAUUCUAUAAGGCAGCUGUUUACUUAAGGCAACAUCUGAAUGAAGCAAUUUUUGUUUACGUAUUGUCUCUCGCAAUCCUUUACCACCCCGAGACCCAGGGUGUCGUUGUACCACCAAUAUAUGAAAUUGUCCCAUCUUACUUCCACAAUGCAGAAAUCAUUAACUUGGCCCAUAAGAUUAAUGAACAUGGAAAGGAAUCCGUAAAGAACUAUCCGCAAAGUUACUUGUGGGAUGAGAACGUAGUCAUCAGGUGGAACAAAACUGUUUGGCCAUAUGUCGGACAAGAAAGCGCACCAAUGUCAUACUUUAUGAAUGAUUACUCACUGAAUGCUAUCAUUUACAACAACCAUCUUAGACAACCAUUCUGGCUUGACGAUUCCUUAGUUUCCCAACAUAAACUAAAUUGGGGAGCUUACAAUCUUUUCUUCUAUAGACAAAUUGUCAGCCGUUAUUACUUGGAAAGACUUUCCAAUGGUCUCGGAGAAAUUCCUCUCUUGAACUGGGAUGUUGUAGAGGAAGGGUAUAACAGUGGUUUGGUCCAUUAUAACGGUAUUCCCUUACCAGUUAGGCCUGAUUACUACCAGCUUAACCAACCUAGGCUUCUUGAAUCUGUAGAACAGUUGAAGAUCUAUGAACGUAGAAUUCGUGAAGCCAUUCAACUAGGAUAUGUUAUUGCUGAAAAUGGUGAUAAGAUUGAUUUGCGCAGACCAGAAGCCGUGAGUGUAUUUUGGAAUAUUAUCGAAGGAAACGACUAUUCUCCCAAUGUAGAUUACUAUGGUAGCAUUUUGAGCUCAUGGAAAAAAGUACUUGGUAAUUCUAUUGUAUCUCGUAAAAUGUGGUGGAAAGGAUACGUGCCUCUUGUUAUGUCCUCUGUCUUGGAAAUUCCAUGCUCAGAAGCUCGUGAUCCCGCCGUUUAUAUGAUUUGGAAGCGUAUCUUUAACUUAUACGAUCUGUGGGUUUCAUAUUUACCACAAUACAGAGUAGAAGAUUUGGCUGUACCUGAUGUUGAGAUCCAAAAAGUUGAGGUUGAUAAACUCGUAACUUACUUCGAACAGAGUUACGUCAACAUCUCUAACGUCUUACCCUACAAUGUGGUUGAAUCUAACGUAAGCCCAGUGAGUGUUUUGGUCCAGAGGCCACAGUUAAACAACAAAGUAUUUAAGGUACGCGUUAAUGUCAAGAGUGACGUUUCUAAAAAAGUGGUAGUCAAGUUCUUUGUUGGUCCUAAAUACGACAGCAAGGGCUUGGAAAUUCCACUGGAAGAAAAUUGGCAGAACUUCUUCCAAAUUGAUCAAUUCAUUUACGAAUUGCCAGCAGGAGAAUGUGUGAUUAAACGUGAGUCCAGUAGCAACUCAUACAUGAUCGACCAAUGGUUAUCUAACUCUGAAAUUGUAAACAAGGUUAGCAAUGCUCUUCGCGGUAAUGGUCAGUGGGUAGUUGAUGUAAACAACUUCUGGAGUGGAUUCCCUCGUCAUCUUAUGUUACCUAAGGGUCGUAUCGGUGGUAUGCCGUUCCAAUUCUUAGUCUUCAUCAGUGACUACAAACCAUCUAACGAAUUUUCUGGAAGCUGGAGCGGUGCUAGUCCUCUGCGUGCUGUUAACGAGCCCUAUGGUUACCCGUUGGACAGACCGCUGAAGGAUAUGUGGAUCCACAAACUUCCUAACUUACACAUUAAGGAAGUUCAAAUCUAUCACAAGCCCACCCCUGAAAUUGUUGCACAGUUGUCUUCUAGUCUUGUCAACAUGAAGACUGUCUUGGCAUUUGCUUGCCUGGCCCUAGCCUUGGCGGGCGCUGUGGUGGUUCCAAAUAAACCCGUCUACAAAAUUAAGUCUGUGGACAAUGAUUUUAUUUUAAAACAGAAGAGAAUUUUCAACCUCUUCAUCCACCCUGAGCAAGUAGAUCCUGAAGCAGAAUACUAUCAUGUCGGCAAGGACUACGACAUUGAGGCCCAUAUUGAUGACUACUUGAACAAGAAGGUUGUCCAAGAAUUCUUAGACUUAUGGAAGUCUGGAUUUUUACCAAAGAACGUUCCUUUCUCUGUCUUCUAUGAAAGACAAAGGGAAGAAGCAGUUGCCUUGUUCAACGUUUUGUACAGUGCUAAAGAUUUUGAAGUCUUCUACAAGACCGCUGCCUUUGCGCGUGUCCACAUUAACGAAGGACAAUUCCUGUAUGCAUACUACAUUGCUUUGAUCCACCGUGCUGAUACUAAGGGCUUCGUUGUACCUGCUCCCUACGAAAUUUAUCCCGAACUCUUCACCAACUCCAAUGUUUGGUACAAGAUCUUCCGUAUUAAGAUGCAGAAUGGCAUCUUUUCACCCGACUUCGGAUCUGAGGACGGUAUUGUCCAGGAAGGAGAUCGCUACGUGGUUUACUCUAACUAUUCAGACUACCUGACUUACCACAACGAUGAACACAGGAUUUCAUACUUUACCGAAGAUGUCGGUUUUAACGCAUUCUACUACUACUUCCAAUCCUACUUCCCCUUCUGGAUGGAUGGUGACUUCUUCCCAGUAAUAAAGGACCGUCGUGGAGAAAUCUACUACUACGUCCACCAACAACUGUUGGCCCGUUACUACCUGGAACGUCUUUCAAACGGAUUAGGUGAAAUUCCUGACUUCUCUUGGUGGCAGCCUAUUAGGAGUGGUUACAGCCCCUACGUGAACUACUUCCACUCCUUUGUGCAAAGACCGUCGUACUACCAAAUCCCCUAUGAAAAGAAUGAAGAACUUCAACUUUUGGAUACCUAUGAGAAGACUUUCAUUCAAUAUCUUGAACAAGGACAUAUCAAAUCUGUUAACCAGGAGGUCGAUCUUCACAACUCUAAGUCAAUCAACUUUGUGGGCAACUUCUGGCAAGCUAAUGCUGAUAUGUGGGGUAAGGGUGGACGCAAAGACAACCACAACUCUUUCGAAGUUACAGCUCGUCGUAUUCUUGGUGCUGCUCCUGAACCCGUUGACAAAUAUAACUUUGUGCCAAGCGCUCUCGACUUCUACCAAACUUCUCUUCGUGACCCCAUCUUCUACCAAUUGUACAGCAAGAUUCUUAAAUACAUCGUCGAGUACAAGAAGUUCCUGGCUCCUUACAACCAAGAUAACUUGCACUACGUUGGAGUUAAGAUCAAUGACGUUAAGGUAGACAAACUAGUGACAUACUUCGACUACUUCGACUAUGAUGUAUCCAACAACGUUUUCUAUAACAAAGAAGAACUCAAGUCGCAACAGUAUCCUUGGUACGUAGUACGUCAACCUCGUCUGAACCACAAACCAUUCAAUGUGAACAUCGAUGUUAAGUCUGACGUUGAAGGUGAAGCUGUAUUCAAAAUCUUUAUUGGACCUAAAUACAACAGCAAGGGUUAUCCUAUUUCCCUCGAAGACAACUGGCAAAACUUUGUUGAAUGGGACUGGUUCGUACACAAGCUCAACAAGGGACAGAACAAGAUCCAGCGUCAAUCUAGUGACUUCUUCUACUACAAAGAUGAUUCCGUCCCUGUCCGUGAUGUUCUUAAACUUCUUGAAGAAUCUAAAAUCCCUGCUGAUAUGGCCAACGAGUAUGGUUCCUUCCCCAAACGGUUACUUGUUCCUAAGGGAUCUCUUGGUGGUUUCCCCUACCAGAUCUUUGUGAUGGUCUACCCAUACUCUCCCGUUGACAAGAAAUUCGAAGGUUACAAGAGUUUCGCUGCAGAUAACAAGCCUUAUGGUUAUCCAUUUGACCGCCCAGUUCGUGAAUCUUACUUUAAGCAACCUAACAUGUUCUGGGAGGAUGUCGUGGUUUACCAUGAAGGAGAAGAGAUGGCCUACAAAUACAACAUUCCUUACUAUUCAAUUCACCACAAUGAAGUAGUUAAACACUAA